AUGGAUAAGAGAUUCAAACAUACACUUGUGGCAUUUAAAAUAUGUCCUUAUUGCAUGAAAGUGCUUACAAUAAUGUGUCAUAAAAAUAUAAAAUUUGAAAUCAAGUUUAUUGAAAUGUCCAAUAAACCUGAUUGGUUUCUUAAAUUGAGUCCUCUAGAAAGAGUACCUAUUUUAAUCAUUGGUGAAGAAGUUGUUUUAUUUGAGUCAGCAGCAAUUAUGGAAUACAUUGAUGAGAUCACACCACCUAAAUUAAUGUCAGAGGACCCUAUGCAAAAAGCAUUAGACAGAGCUAAGUUUGAGUAUUCAAAUGAGAUUAUCAAAAAUCUCUACCAAUUCAUCUUUUGUUUAGAACAAGAAAAAUUUAUCAAGCUCAAAGAAUGGCUAAUAAAACAUUUCAAGCAAAUGGAUGACUGGCUAAAAGAUAAAAAAUACAUGAAUGGAACUGAACUCUCUUUAGUCGAUUUUAAUUUUGUACCAGUUUUUGUAGUAUUAAAUAUGCUGAAACCCAUCUUACCAUGUGAUAUGUUGAAGGAUUACAAAAGAUUAUAAAAUUAUGGUGACUCUUUAACAUCCAUGUCAUGCUCAAAAACCGGUCGAGUGCCAGAUUAUGAAUUUUUGAUGAUGGAUGGAAUCAAAAAUAAAAAUACUGUACUAUUUAGAUCUAACCCAUGCUAUUUUAAUGGUCCUAAGCCCUCACGCUGUUGUUUCUUUGGCAAAUGA